AAAACAAAGGAUAUAUUAGAUUCUGUAGAGUCGAAGACUCAUUGCUCUGCAAUAGUUAUGGGAGGUGAGGAAAAAAAUAUACAAAGCGAGGAACAAAGUUUCAUAUCGAAUUCUAGAGAUACAUCUGAAUCUAGACCCGAAGGAUCAUUGCUUUGCAGGCCCUUUAAGGGCGACUUUUCAAGUCAUAAAAGUCUUGCAAAAUAUUUUAAAAGUAAAAUAUUACCAAUUAUCACAAAUAAUCAGAAUUUGGAGUCAUUGAUUCAAGAUAUUACAAAUAAGCAGAAUCCGGACUCUGACAAUUUGUUUUCUGGAAUAUACUCACAGAGUGAGAGCACUAAUGUGCCUAAACUGACCAUGAACGAACAAAGUGAAGUGAAUUAUCGGGGGAUGAAAUUUUUUAUUCAGUUUAUAGAAAUUGUAGUUAUGGAUUCCCAGGAAGCAGUGCUUUGA